GCGGGUUGGGCCGGAGGCGGCGGGAGUCGCGGCUGCUUUCCGUGCACCUGAGAGCCCACGCCCGGGUUUUCGAAGCUGCGUCCGCUGCGGUCGCUGCCGCCAUGAACCGCUUCAAGGUGUCCAAGUUCCGGCAUACGGAGGCCCGGCCGCCCCGCCGCGAGGCCUGGAUCAGUGACGUUCGAGCAGGAACCGCCCCCUCUUGUGGGAACCAUAUCAAAUCCAGCUGCAGCUUGAUCGCCUUCAACUCUGACCGUCCAGGUGUGUUGGGCAUCGUGCCUCUGGAAGGCCAGGGAGAGGGCAAGAAAUGCAUGACCCAUCUGGGCUGCCAUUCAGACCUGGUCACAGACCUGGACCUCUCUCCCUUUGAUGACUUCCUCCUGGCCACGGGCUCAGCUGACAGGACGGUGAAACUGUGGCGGCUGCCAGCCCCCGGCCAGGCGCUGCCCUCGGGGCCUGGGCUUGUGCUGGGCCCUGUGGACGUGCAGGUGGAGGUGCUGCAGUUCCACCCCACUGUGGACGGCAUCCUGGUGAGCGCGGCGGGCACGGUCGUGAAGGUCUGGGACGUCGCCAAGCGGCAGCCCCUCACAGAGCUGGUGGCCCAUGGGGACCUGGUGCAGGGCGCUGCCUGGAGCCGGGAUGGAGCCCUGGUGGGCACAACGUGCAAGGACAAGCAACUGCGGCUCUUCGACCCCAGAGCAAAGCCCGAGGCCUCCCAGAGCAUACAGGCCCACGAGAGCAGCAGGGAUGGUCGGCUGGUGUGGACGGGUACCCAGGAACACCUUGUGUCCACCGGCUUCAACCAGAUGCGUGAGCGUGAAGUGAAGCUUUGGGACACCCGGCACUUCUCCAGCGCCCUCACCUCCCUUACCCUGGACACAUCGCCCGGGUCUCUGAUGCCCCUGCUGGACCCAGACUCCGGGCUCCUGGUCCUGGCAGGAAAGGGUGAGAGUCAGCUGUCCUGCUACGAGGUGGCCCCACAGCAGCCGGCACUGAGCCCAGUGACCCAGUGCCUCCUGGAGAGCGCACUGCGGGGGGCAGCCCUCGUGCCCCGGCGGGCACUGGCUGUCAUGGGCUGCGAGGUGCUCCGUGUCCUGCAGCUGAGCGACACAGCCAUUGUUCCCAUCAGCUACCACGUGCCCCGCAAGGCUGUGGAGUUCCACGAGGACCUGUUCCCAGACGCCGCAGGCUGUGUACCCGCCUCCGACCCCCACACCUGGUGGGCUGGGAGCAACCAGCAGGUGCAGAGGGUCAGCCUGGACCCGGCCCGCCGACCCCACUCCAGCUUCACUUCCCGCCUGGUGCCCCCUGCAGAGCCUCCCCCUGAUGUGGCCCAGCCUGUAGAGAUGCCUGUGGGCGAUGCGGACCCCAGCGAGGGCUUCUCCUCCCCUCCCAGCUCACUGACCUCGCUGACUUCGCCCUCCACGCCCUCUAGCCUGGGGCCCUCGCUAUCCAGCACCAGCGGCAUCGGCACCAGCCCCAGCCAGAGGUCACUGCAGAGCCUGCUGGGCCCCAGUUCCAAGUUCCGCCACGCUCAGGGCACUGUCCUGCACCGAGACAGCCACAUCACCAACCUCAAAGGGCUCAACCUUACCACGCCUGGCGAGAGCGACGGCUUCUGUGCCAACCGGCUGCGUGUGGCUGUGCCCCUGCUGAGCAGCGGUGGGCAGGUGGCCGUGCUCGAGCUACAGAAGCCUGGCCGCCUGCCUGACACAGUGCUGCCCACGCUGCAGAAUGGGGUAGCUGUGACUGAUCUGGCCUGGGACCCCUUUGACCCCCACCGCCUUGCUGUGGCCGGGGAGGACGCCAGGAUCCGACUGUGGCGGGUGCCCCCUGAGGGCCUGGAAAAGGUGCUCACCACUCCUGAGGCCAUGCUCACAGGCCACACAGAAAAGAUCUACUCUCUGCGCUUCCACCCGCUGGCAGCCAACGUGCUGGCCUCCUCGUCCUACGACCUUACUGUCCGGAUCUGGGACCUUCAGGCUGGAGCUGAGCGGCUGAGGCUACAGGGCCACCGGGACCAGAUCUUUGGCCUGGCCUGGAGUCCUGACGGGCAGCAGCUGGCCACUGUCUGCAAAGAUGGGCACUUACGGGUCUAUGAGCCUCGGAGUGGCCCUGAGCCACUACAGGAAGGCCCAGGGCCUGAGGGGGCCCGUGGAGCCCGCGUUGUCUGGGUGUGUGAUGGUCACUGUCUGCUGGUAUCUGGCUUUGACAGCCGAAGUGAGCGCCAGCUACUCCUGUACUCGGCCAAGGCCCUGGCUGGUGGCCCCUUGGCAGUGCUGGGACUAGACGUGGCUCCCUCGACCCUGCUGCCCAGCUACGACCCGGACACCAGCCUGGUGCUGCUUACGGGCAAGGGUGACACGCGCGUGUUCCUGUACGAGCUGCUCCCCGAGGCCCCUUUCUUCCUGGAGUGCAACAGCUUCACGUCCCCCGACCCCCACAAGGGCUUCGUCCUCCUGCCCAAGACGGAGUGCGAUGUGCGGGAAGUGGAGUUUGCCCGAUGCCUGCGGCUUCGCCAGACGUCCCUGGAGCCCGUCGCCUUCCGGCUGCCCCGGGUCAGGAAAGAGUUCUUCCAGGAUGACGUGUUCCCAGACACAGCCGUGAGCUGGGAGCCAGUACUCAGUGCCAAGGCCUGGCUGGGAGGUGCUAACAGGCAGCCCCGGCUUCUCAGCCUGCAGCCCCCGGGCAUGACCCCAGUGAGCCAGGCGCCCCGUGAAGCCCCUGCCCGGCGGGCCCCAUCCUCAGCGCUCUACCUGGAAGAGAAGUCGGACCAGCAAAAGAAGGAAGAGCUGCUGAAUGCCAUGGUGGCGAAGCUGGGGAACCGGGAGGACCCGCUCCCCCAGGACUCCUUCGAAGGUGUGGACGAGGAUGAGUGGGCCAAGUACCUGGCCCAGAUCAUCGUGAUGGGGGUGCAGGUGGUGGGCAGGGCCUUUGCGCGGGCCCUGCGGCAGGAGUUUGCAGCCAGCCGGGCAGCAGCUGACGCCCGGGGACGUGCCGGACACCAGUCUGCAGCUGCCUCUAACCUCUCCGGCCUCAGUCUCCAGGAGGCACAGCAGAUUCUCAAUGUCUCCAAGCUGAGCCCCGAGGACAUCCAGAAGAACUACGAGCACCUAUUCAAGGUGAACGAUAAAUCUGUGGGCGGUUCCUUCUACCUGCAGUCAAAGGUGGUUCGAGCGAAGGAGCGCCUUGAUGAGGAGCUCAGAAUCCAGGCCCAGGAGGACAGAGAGAAAGAGCAGACGCCCCCAACGUGAUCACUGGCUCCUCGCACCCCACCCCACCUCGCCACCUCUAAUUUAUAGCUCAGCAAUAAAUGUUUUUUCCACAUUU